CCUUCAGACUUCCGGGUUUAGGUAAAYAGAUUUUGACCGGAGUCGCCUCGCCUUAAAAAUGUCUAAAGUUACGUUUAAAAUCACGCUGACGUCGGACCCCAGGCUGCCGUACAAAGUAUUUAGUGUCCCAGAAAGCACGCCGUUCACAGCAGUUUUGAAGUUUGCAGCUGAGGAGUUCAAAGUGCCAUCAGCUACUAGUGCGAUAAUAACAAACGAUGGAAUAGGAAUCAACCCUGCUCAGACUGCAGGGAAUGUAUUUCUAAAGCACGGCUCAGAGCUUCGCCUCAUUCCCAGAGACAGAGUGGGAGGACAAGGAGACUGACUUAUGCUGCUUUUUUUUCUCUUUUCUUUUUUUCUUCCCCCUCGUUGAUGGCAUAAUGAUUCACGCGGCAGAAUCACACAACACUCAACGACCCAGGAAACACCUCUCAGCAUGUGUCGAGCUUAUUUUCUGGCCCACAAACGACAGUGACUCACACGGGAAYACACAAGUUCAAACCUAUUGGUGACACAUUCGAAACGCUUCCUGCAUCUUCAUUAAGUUCAAAAGUUGGGAGCGACAUUAGGCGAGAUAUCCAGAGAAUAAUAAUUAGAAUCAAACAUUUGUGGAUUUACUAGGAUUAACAGCUUUUUGUGYCGUCACAUCUCAGUAAACAGAUAGUCGAACAAACAGAAAAUCCCUAUCUUUCUUUUAGUUUUUUUAAAUUGCAUUGUAAACAUUACAGCAAAAUGAGGUGACCUUUUCUAUUUAAUAUGUUUUUAAAUACCCCUGAUGCUUCAUGGUUACUGAGGCAGGUAAUUAUUAGUUUAAGAUUGCACCCAUGACUACUCACUCUAUAGUUAACCUUGGUUUUUUUGGACCAGAUGUUUUUCCUUUUAUAGAAAACCUUCAGAUAUAAAUAAUCCACUAGUAUAAUAAUUCAGUUUAUGGCUCUUUGCUGCCCUCUGUCGGCUCAUAUUUAAAGUUAUUCAUUGUUYGUCCUAACAGAUUAUAGACUGAGUGGGAGGAAUGUUUUGAUGUUUGCUAAAAUAAUGAAGUUAAGCAGGAGUGAUAUCUAACAAAAAUUUAACARAUGUGUCACAACAGCUGAAGCAUCCCUGAAUGUUCAUAAAAAAUAAAUCAUUGUAAUCUGGGAAAUAAAUGUUAAUGUUUGCA